AUGGACGUCAGAAAGUUGUUGUUGUGGUUCCUUUUCCUAUUUUGUUCAGUCUAUUCAAAUCUAUCUAUCUAUCUAUCUAUCUAUCUAUCUAUCUAUCUAUCUAUCUAUCUAUCUCUCUAUCUAUCUCAGUCUCUUCAUAUCUAUCUAUCUAUCUAUGUUUAUUCAAAUCUAUCUAUCUAUCUCAGUUUCUUCAUAUCUAUCUAUGUUUAUUCAAAUCUAUCUAUCUAUCUAUCUAUCUAUCUAUCUAUCUAUCUAUCUAUCUAUCUAUCUAUCUAUCUAUCUAUCUAUCUCAGUCUCUUCAUAUCUAUCUAUGUUUAUUCAAAUCUAUCUAUCUAUCUAUCUAUCUAUCUAUGUAUGUUUAUUCAAAUCUAUGUCUAUUCAAAUCUAUCUAUGUAUGUUUAUUCAAAUCUAUGUCUAUUCAAAUCUAUCUAUCUAUCUAUCUAUCUAUCUAUCUAUCUAUCUAUCUAUCUAUCUAUCUCAGUCUCUUCAUAUCUAUCUAUCUAUCUAUGUUUAUUCAAAUCUAUCUAUCUAUCUCAGUCUCUUCAUAUCUAUCUAUGUUUAUUCAAAUCUAUCUAUCUAUCUCAGUCUCUUCAUAUCUAUCUAUCUAUCUAUGUUUAUUCAAAUCUAUCUAUCUAUCUCAGUCUCUUCAUAUCUAUCUAUCUAUGUUUAUUCAAAUCUAUCUAUCUAUCUAUCUAUCUAUCUAUCUAUCUAUCUAUCUAUCUAUCUCAGUCUCUUCAUAUCUAUCUAUGUUUAUUCAAAUCUAUCUAUCUAUCUAUCUAUCUAUCUAUCUAUCUAUCUAUCUAUCUAUCUCAGUCUCUUCAUAUCUAUCUAUGUUUAUUCAAAUCUAUUUAUCUAUCUAUCUAUGUUUAUUCAAAUCUAUGUCUAUUCAAAUCUAUCUAUGUAUGUUUAUUCAAAUCUAUGUCUAUUCAAAUCUAUCUAUCUAUCUAUCUAUCUAUCUAUCUAUCUAUCUAUCUAUGUAUGUUUAUUCAAAUCUAUGUCUAUUCAAAUCUAUCUAUCUAUCUAUCUAUCUAUCUAUCUAUCUAUCUAUCUAUCUAUCUAUGUAUGUUUAUUCAAAUCUAUGUAUCUAUCUAUCUAUGUUUAUUCAAAUCUAUGUCUAUUCAAAUCUAUCUAUGUCAAUUCAAAUCUAUCUAUCUAUCUAUCUAUCUAUCUAUCUAUCUAUCUAUCUAUCUAUCUAUCUCAUAUUGUCUAUUUCUCUUUAUCCCUAUCUUCCGUCCUCUCCCUCUCUUUCUCUAUCUAUCUAUCUAUCUAUCUAUCUAUCUAUCUAUCUAUCUAUCUAUCUAUCUAUACGCUAGCUCUCUAGCUCUGUUCAAAUCUAUCUAUCUAUCUAUCUAUCUAUCUAUCUAUCUAUCUAUCUAUCUAUCUAUCUAG